GAUCUCCCGCGAACCCCCUGGGAGUGCAGGUGUCCAACGUGAGCGAGGACGAAGACUGGAAGGCUCUCGGUGUACGAGCUUAGUGAAACCCCACUGAGCUGUCAGUGUCAAGUGUUGCGACCCGGAUUAACAACUUAACCCCAGUUCAUCAACCCGAACCCGGGCUCUCGAUCAUCAAGAGCAUACUCGUUUCUAUCGAAACCCUUGACGGCGAUAGGAUCAAUCAUCAGACCCGUAGUGUCAGCGAUUACCGACAAUGGUUCCACCGCCACCACCUCCACCACCGGUCUCAGAGACCCAGGUGGUACCCACGGAACCCCUGAUCGGUACCGCAGCGUCCCCGAUGGGGUCUCCAAAAGCCACUGCCAGCAAUGGAGGGACCAGCUCCGUCGGAGAUCAUAACGAUCAGCUGAUGGCGGCCAUUCGCAACGGAGUUAGCUUGAAGCCAGCCAAAACGAAUGAUCGCAGCACCCCUGGAUUUAUCAAGCAAGCCAAUGGUGUGCUGCAUAACAACGGAGAUCCAGUAUCACCAGGCGCAUGCGACAAAUCGGCCUCCAUGGACGAGAUGAAGGACGCCCUUCAAGCCGAGCUGCGUAAUACACUGAAGCGAAAAAUCAAGAUGCAGGACCUCGAGCAAGGGGACUGCCGAAAGAAUGAUGAAAUCGAACGGUCGAUCGAGAGCUCCCGCAGCGAGGUGCAGCUGAAGGUGAACGAUCAAUCAGUAGCCUCGAACAAGGACGUUUCCCAGGUGGAAAAUCCUCUAAAAACGAUCGUCGAUAUUGUUGAUAAGGAACGCAGUGUUAUCGUUGCCCCGACCAAGCCACCAAGUCAAUCGCCGUCACAUUCUGUGGUUUCUCCAUCUCCAUCUUUCACCGUAAAUCAGCCGCUUGCGAACGGUGUUUCCACUCUAAGAAAGGUUUCAACGUCUCAAAAUCCUAUCGAAAAUGGCAAUACCAUUGUGAUCAAUUUUAAUAAUACUGCGGGAAAUAAUCCGUCACCCGUUACGGUUUCGCCGAAGGGCUUGGCAGUGGCCAAUGGUGUAGAUAAAAGGCCACCAGUAUCGUCUGGACACGCCACUCCUGCUUCAACGGGCAAAUCGAUCUCGAGUGGAUCAAAUGGAUCUUCGGCCACCGGUGGCGUGCCGAGUUUUAUCUCUAAAGUAAAAGCUAGUCAGAAUGCAUCUUCUGUCAAGGAAGCUACUACAACUAUCGGUGUAGGGGUUAGUAAUUCUACGAAGAUGUCAAAUGGAAACUCUGUCACGAGUACAGUUCCCAUCGCGAAUGGCACAAGCAACAAUUUCCCGAAGCUAUCUACUGCAUCGAGAUCAGUCCAUGAGCCGGGCAAAUUAUCAAACGGAAUGUACUACUCGAACACACUUCCAAGAGCAAAACCUACCACAUAUUUGCCGACAACCGUCGUACCUGCUGCGUACACCAGCACCGUCAAGGUUUCUAUUGGCAGCUACGGGGCUGCUGUGAAAACGGCUGCUGACACUUCUGGUUCGGUAGUACGGAAUGGAAAACCUUCCAGUUUUGAGCCGCUUACUAUAGAUACUAGCCCGAACGGGGCAGGGAGCUCUACAAACAGCACCGCAUCGCCUACUACGCCUAAGGAGCUUCUUUCGCCUCAGGUACGAAAUGGCGCCGCUUCCAUACGACCGUCACAGAUUCGAACACUGACUAAAGCCGGUAGCGUUGUGAGCCACACAGAUAUUCUGGAAACAUCGAAACCAACUCCCAAGCUGCCGGUGACACUGGUUGAACCUGCACCAGUACUGACAGCAGCUGCAGCCGUAUCUCCACCACCGAAAACACCUGCGAAUGUUGCACCUCUGUCUUCGACGAAUACGUCCCCAAAGGAGCGCACGGGUCUCUUCGAGAAGGUGAACAAAGAACCCCCGAAAAGCCCACUGAAUCGUUGGGCAGACAGUAGUUCCAUUUCCGGAGGAACAGCACGUAAGCUGUUGCUUACUCACGGAAGACCUAAUUUUACCAUCAAACGAUCGGUUUCACGCCAGGGAUUUGAUGUAGACGUUUCAGACUCAAAAAGUGACACCAUCAAACCCGUAUUCCGUAUUUUGACGGAUUUGGAGAGGAUGGAACAGGAGCAGGAGCAACAACAGCAAGGAAAUCGACGGCCAAGCCAAGUGGCCGUGAGCGAUAACCAACAACAGCAGCAAUAUGUAUCGUUUGCAAAGGAUCUCGCAAAUGCUCCAAACAACCAUCCGGAUAUGGUCGUUGUGACUAAAACUAUUCCCAAUUCCGAAACCUCGUUGGAUCCGUUUUUGACAAACCUGAAAGACAUAAAGAUCGAUAUCGAUGAGAUGAAAGUGGUCAACACUAAGGAAUCCUAGGAGAGCUGCGACUUUGCUGGUUCAUAAGAUGAACUAGUGCUGGCACACUAGCUUUAAAACAAUGUAACUUCAUCGGGAAAUGCCAGGUUUCCUUACUAAGAAAAAAUGGCGCAAUAAUAGCAUAGGCACGCAUGGACUAUUCAUUUGUUAUGUUUGUAAAAAUGUUGUGUGUUUUGACUGUUGUGAUUAG